GUCAGCUGUGCAUGUUUAUUGCGAAAAAUUUUCAUUGUUCUUGUCUUGUUUGCUCUCAUUUUGGACGUUAACAAAAUAAACUGCAUUAACGAAUUAGUCACGCAUAACCAAUUGAUCUGGAUACUACCCUCCAUGAAUAUAUUAUCACAUAGGCAUGGAAGGGCUAACGCAGAAUGAGAAAAUAAUAUGGUCUUGCUGGGAAGAAAAGGCUCCCAGGGAUGUGGUCCGGGAGGCAGCCGCCAAAGGAACCCAUUUAAGCCUUUGCUUGAAGUAUUUAAUGCAUAAGAAUAGCUGGAAUGAAACUACGGCUACCGACUGGUUCCUAGCUGAGGUGAAAGCAUGGACAGUACAACUGUUGAUGCGUAAACAAAUUUUCAAAGUGCUUCACAUACUGGGUAAAGUCAAAAUAAACCCUGAGAAACAUUUGAUAUCGCUUGCCAAAACUUCUCCACAAAUUGAAUACAGAGAUUUUAUCGUUGAAAACUUGGAUAAGCUGUCAAAAGAUAUGUUAGCCGAAAAUGUCAAUGAAUGGCAAGAGUUCAGAAGGCACUGGAAUUUGUUGAGGUACCUAGAGAAAUCUUUUGAAGUGGACGGCACGUUCAAACAGAACAAAGUGUUUGGCGUCGGCAAAGACAGAAUAAUUGUAAAUGAGAGUGAAAUAAAAGCCUUGACGGUUGAGAACAUUGAGAAGUACCCAAGUCUAUGGAAAAGUAAAAUAGCUACUACACUGUUCUUUGAGUCAUUUGAGUUUUCCUUACUGGACUUCUCAACACCUCAAGCAGUAUGGGAUCACCUGGUGCAACAUAAUAAAGCGAUGAUACUCGUUCGCUGGAUUAAUGUGCAGAUGUCGGAAGUGGUGCGCGAUAUGAAUGCUCGCUACAACUUUUUUAAUAACGAAAACUUUGUCCAAAAGUUUCUCAAUGUUGAUACAAAAGGGUUCAGUAAUGAUAUCCUUGACAAAUUAGACGAGAUUUUUCGCAACUGGUCAAUUACUGACGAUAUGAUUGCCAGCAUUGCUAAUAGCAACUGCUAUUGCUACACUAAAAUGUGUAUCUACGACACAUUGUCUUCCUAUGGCAUAGUAAAUGAAGAUGAACGCAACAACUUAUAUGUUACUAUAUCUAGACUCUCUCGAACGCAGAAUUUAAAGCUUAUUGACGAUAUCUUCACUGAAACAUGCUCUACUAUAAGCAAACCAGACUUUUAUGUAGCAUUAGCUAAAUAUUGUGUUAAAAAUAAACUGUACAAGGUUUUGACCAUGUGUGUUGAAGGUAAUAUUUUAGAAUCACAUCUAUCUGAUGUAGAACAAGAAGCUAAGGAAUGCAUAGAGUUAUGGUUGCUAUUUAAAAGCAUCGAACAGACAUCCGACCGGCAGAGUCACGUGGUCCCAGUGUACAAGACCUGCCAACAAAUAGCCAAAGAUGAAAUUGAUGAUUACAUAUCUUCAAAUCCUCAUUUAAUUCUUGGCAUGAUACUUUUAGAGGAUAAUGCGAAACUAUUUGAUAUUUUUUCUAAAGAAGAAUUUUUGUACUUUAAAGACUUUAAACUGCCAAACAAAGGGUAUAAGAAGAAGUUGUCUCAUUUGUAUAAUAUUUACCAAAAGUUUUCAAAAAUUAAUAAUCAGAAACAGUCUCAGGAUGUGAAUGUAUAUCAAUUACUGUCUGGGUACCGAGGAUUGGAUGUAUCAAAAAUAUUUGAGUUUCAACUGAUAAAUCAGAAUGCUAAGAGUCUUAUUACCGACAAACCUGACAGACGCAGCCUCGGCAGUCUUUUAGCUAACGAAGUGGAUGUUAACACCGUUAGCGUUAAGUUACUCACGCAAAAAUCCAUGGAUAUGCCAGAUUUCGCGAACGAAAAGUUGAUGAAAAGAUAUGGAUAUGUUGCGAAGUUGAACCACGUUUAUUAUUUGAAGCAAUAUAGACCUUGCAAUGCCAGUCAAGCUUUCGUGGAACAGCAAUAUCUAACGUACAAUCGCUUGCAAGAAAAGAGUGUUAAGAGUGCUUGUUGUGAAGCUCACGCCUUGGCUUUGCAGAAUUGGUCUGACCCUGCCAUGACGGCAUGCGCUAUAUCAUUCGUUGCGAUGAUUGGUUGUAACCCGACAAGGUGCAGAGUGCACAUGACGGCCGCUAGGAUGGUCAAAGACUACUUGAUAUCAUACAAAGGAUUGUCUACAGAAAAGGCUACCAAAACAGUAAAUGACUACAUGUACAAGCUAAUUCAGAGUAACGAGGAAGCUGCAAAAGAGAUUUUGGGUUAUCUAGAACUAGUCACUCUAGACACUCUCCGUGAGAAGCAGGACUUAGAUGGGAAGGUGGAUAUGUCGAUUGUGCUCUUUGAAUCCCAAACGAUGGUGAAGUUCGCCAUGCUUCACAACUUACCUUUACCAGAGUUACAGUUGAAGGAAUUUGUGAACACCAAUUCUUGGUUCAACUUUUUGCUUUUCGGGGAUGUAUUCCGUUACCCGCUAAACCAGAUGUUGCAGCUGACUCAGGAGUUUGGAAAUAAGUCUUAUGCAGAGCAUUUAAAGCACAUAAUGCUGCACAGGAACUCGGACGAGGGAUCUGAUAAAGAUUUUAAAUCGAACCCAAAUAAUGGACAAAGGCGAGCCUCGAGAAUGAAUUCUAUUGAAGUGAGCCCGACUCAGAGCACCCACAGCAACUCAUUCGAGUUCCCAGUCAGCGUGUACACAGGCCGCGAGCUAUGGGAGGUGACGGCGUCGUGCCACGGGCCUGAGGACCCGCCCGCCGCGCUGCUACGCGCCGCUGAUGUGUGCCGAGAGCCGCUGCUGGUGCUCAUCGCCAGCUGCUACGAGCCAAACGCGGUCGACGUUCUCUGGCCGCAGUGGAUUCUAGCGUCACUGGGCCCGUCUGCGCAAGUCAGCAACCUUCAAGACAUGGACCAACAGGACACGCCCGUUGACACCUUCCAAAGAGUGGCCGAGAUCUGUCUUAGAGAAGGCUACAUUUCUACACUGCACGAGUCUAUGCUUAUAUUUAUGCCGGAAAGUCCCCUGACUCAACUCACUUCGUUCCUCUACCGAUGCAUUCGCCACCGCAACUUCGAUUCUGAGACGGUCAGAUUGCUCAGCAACUUCUUGCAGCACUGCCAACGUAAAUACAGCGUCGAUGCUGCCAACAUGACGUGGCAACUGUCGAAGGAGGCACUGCAAAGGAUAGCGGUGGCGCUUGUCAAGAUAGCAAUCGGGCGGAGUUUUGAUAGUGCUUUCCAUCAGCGAGAGUUCUUGAGAUGCCUCGCUGUGGCGCAGUUUGAGAAAAAUUGCACUGUGGCCACACCCAACUUCAUGACCUUAUAUGAAAUACUGCAGAUAUCUAUGGAAACGUCAUUCGUAGUGGACAUAUCAAAACUGCUCCAAGACGACUCCAAGCAUUACCUGACAGAAUGUAUCGAUUUGUACAUCACUAACCGAAACUAUGAUGUUGCCCUCAAGAUAGCUAAACUGGCAAGUUUGCCUGUCGGUGAAAUUUUGAAAGCCGAGUGGACGCAUAAAUACCAAAUGCUGGUGAAUAAAGAAGAUGUUACUUUAGAAACCAAAGACAUUACAUUGUUUAUAGCUCAGUGUAGUGAAGCGUUCAAAAAAGCAUCCGUAACAUUCAAAGAAGGGACAGAUUUUCUCAUCCAACACACAGAGAACAUAACCGACUCCGUACAGAAGUUCUAUUCGUACAGGAUUAUAAUGAGCUGGUUCGAGGAAAAUUUAGAAUACGGUCAUAGAAGAGAGGAGAUCGAACAUCGAAUGUGGGAGGCAUACUUUGAAAGCGAGCCUCAUAAUGACGUGUUUCUCAACAACUAUUACAGUACUUUGCAUUUUAUUUUGAACGGACAGAAAGACCCUUCUGUGUCUCGGAAGAUUGGCGUCGUGAAUGUUGAGAAGCCUUUCUCAUUGACUCUUGGGGAAAUAGAAAUCGAGUCAGACGUGGGUAAUAUAGAAAACGUGGUGAUGUUGGAAGAGGCUGAGGCUAUUGACGCUUGGAGGAAGGUUAUUAACCAGUUGUUGGAAUGGCGACUACUAGUAGAUGCGUUCAGACUCUCAGCUUUGUUCAAGACUCCACCGGAGUACCGGUAUAGGCAUCCCGCGUGUCCCGUGCAAAUUAUGAGGACCUGUCUGAAGCUAGCUGAAGGAUCUUGUACACCGUAUGAGCUACCACAGGAAUUAAGACUGGUGAUUUCAGUGCCGAUGCUGCAAAAUAGAUUGACAAUCUCGGGGACUUCGGAUGCCAGUUUUGAGGAGCUGGUGGUAAUUCAAGAGAAACAGGACAAUGUACCAGAAAGCGCCCACUUGGCGGCUCGCGAGGAAGCCGAUAGAUUGUCAGCGCUCGAUGCAUUAGCCGUCCGCAGCGGGUUGUCAUUGGCUAAACAGGUGGCGAGUUACUUCCGCAUAGCUUUACAAGUGGGCUGGGACUACAUAUCUGUGCUAAAGUACCAGAACCGCUCGGUGGACUUCAUCAACCUCGUCAGCGGCAGGGCGAAGAUGUCUCUGGCGAAUCUGGUCUUCAGGACUUUCAAUAUACCUUCGAAGCAGAUUGCAGAAUAUCUUUGCCGCGAAAUGGUAGCUGCGAUAAUAUCCCCCCACCUUGUAAAGACUUCCACUUUUCGCCAGAAAGAACACUUCCAAUACACCCUCUGGGGUUACACGCUCAGUUCCGACGUAGAAAUGUUCCUGAACAUGCGACCUGACGCUUGUAGCCAAAUCGGCAGAUUGAUCCUCGACCAUCUGAUGGCAUUCCAAAAGAUAUACAAAGCGAAUACAACAUCGAAACUUCCAGAAAACACAAUGGACGACAGUUCCCUCGACGUUGAAACGUUGAUAGACGAGGAAUACCAAAACGUGGAAGCCGAUGAAGUGGAAUCUGUAUUAACUGAAGAAGGAACCCUUAUGUCAGCUGAUACAGAGUCUAUUUAUUCUGUUUCUACAGUUUAUACUGUAGGGAACAAAAUGUCCAGAGAUUCGAGAAGAAAUCUUUUUGAUGUCAUUGCGAAAAGCAACGUCCAUAUUCGAUAUGAGGUCAAGUCCAAUAUAAGGAAAAUUACGAAAGGCGCUAAACUGUCCACGAAGCAGGUGAACAUAAUAUCGAUCGAGCUGCUAGUUCUCGCGCACGAGUGUUUCUCUUGCGCGUGCGACACGGAGGGCGUGGCCACGGCGCUGCGGUCUGCGCAGGCGCUCUCCGCUCGGUUACUAGCGGCGCGGUCAUGGCGGCUCAUGGUGCGCCUGCUUACUGGGCUGGCUCGUUACACUGAGUGCGCUUACACCUUCCAGGCGUUACGAGACAACCACCAGUUCGAGUUCCUCCUUGGCCAAUUCGACUACAUGCUCGGCCAACAGCCGGACAAGAUUGCAGAAUUCAAGCAGGGCCUCCUGGACUUCUUGAAAACCCACUGUCCUGGGGACACGGACGCCUACAUCAUGGUGGCUUUACACUUUAACAUGUAUGCUGAGGCGGCCAACGUCAAGAGAAAACAGGCGUUAGACCUGAUUGAGGACUUGGAGAAACUGGCGAUGGAAGCGGCCAGAGGGGUCCCUAAAAAGCCGAACCAGCCACAAGUGUGGCUACAGAUACAUGAUAAUGUUACGACGAGGUCUCUCCUAGAGACUGCCCUGAACCACUGCACCGACGCUUCCGAGUUGUACCUGCAAGGCGGCUGCACCGGCUUCGCUGGCGAGAUGGCAGCACUGGCGCAGCAGGUGGCCUUGCAGAUGUCGCUGCUGAACGCUUCGCCCACCAGGCUCAUACUGAACAGAAGCACUGAGCAGAUGUAUAAACUCGUCAGCGAGUAUUUGAGCUUCAUGGAGGGCCUGGUACUCCUAGCGGGCCGCGGCGGCGAGGCGUGGCGAGAGCUGGCCUACCGACGCGCGAUGGGCAACGACCAGGCCUACCUGCGCGAUAUGGCCGCCUACAGGCCCGACGUGGCACAUCACUUCUUAGAGAGGUACAAAACGGAGAAGAACAAAACCCCGGUGUCACAGGCCGCUGUGACGGAGCUGCGCAAUCUGUGCAGAUGAUAUUCGGCCCGACGCUGACACAGUGAUGUCACGAUCUCAUUCUUAAAACGACUCAUUUAGCAUAGGACAUUAACCCAUGCCAUACCCAUAACCGACUAUGUAAUAUUGCGCAUGUAGUAAACUAUAUAAGCAAUCAGGCGUUCAAUGGGUUAAAUACGCAAUAUAGCUUACGCCAAAUGUAUAUUGUUAGACUAUAUUAAUGCUUUUAUAUCGUUAUAAUUUCCAAUGUUAUCCAAAUCGUUAAUUUAAAAUUAAUAAGAUAUUACUCAAUCUGUUUACUAUUUUGCUGUGAUAUUAUAAAUUGACUGAUGAUAUAAGUGUAUUUUUGUAUUCUAUUUUAAAAUAAAUAAAAAUGCAUUUUAAUAUUCUCUCUUAUAAUGUUUUAUUAUUUCGAGUGCUGGAUCGUAAGAAGUCGUCCAUACAUCAAUAAAAAUAUACGUUUCACAUAUAAUAAUGAAUACAAGUACCAACUAUUCUCCAAUGACAUAAGAAAUACACAUACAAUUUACCAAGUAGGUAUGCCUGCGUUCAGCAAUGAUAAUUAUGCCCGUUUUCACCAUCAAUCCCUAUUUUUUAAGUGAAAACAAAAAUUCUGUUGUGUUACCAAUAGGGGUCACUUAAAAAUUAGGGAUUGAUGGUGAAAACAGGCAUUAGACUUUUAAAAACUCACUUCAGUCACUCAUACUCAAGUAAAUGGAAGCAAU